AUGGUCCCAUCGUACAGCAGGAGGUCAAUGAGCGCUCUCGUGCUCCACUCUGCUAAAGAGACGGCGGCUGAGGACUCGGCUCGCAAUCAAGAGCAGAUUUUGCCCGGAGACCAACCCAUCGCUGAGCGGGACCUCGCAAAGCAUGUGGCUGCGUUGGCCAAGAGCGAUCCGAAAUACGCCGCUUUCCUGCGAACUCUCUUGCCGGGUACGGCAUCCUUUUGGACUUUCUACUCCAUGAUGUCCAAGCCGAAAGAGACAGGCGGCCUUCGCAGCUUUGCAAAGCUUCCUCGUCGUGCUCUCAACGGAGCUAUUGCCGCUCUCGGCCAAGGAUACACCCGCAUUUAUCGCUCCCUGGGCAAAUUGGAGCAGCACUACGAGGACGUGACCAAGAUGAUUCGCGAACUUCCGGACGUCGCGUUCGCGAUAGAAAUGAGGAACAUGGGCCAAGCUCUGGCCACGACGGCGGAGCAGCACAACAAUAUGUCGGAAGCGUUCUCUGAGCGCUGUCAACGCCUGGCUCGCAGGGUUGAACUCGUGGCUCAGGAGCAGCUCGACCUCCACGAGCUUGCUUCUGCUCGUCAGAAGCUUCAGGACAUCGUCGACAAUGUAGGCGACGAAGACGUCCUCAUCGCCGCCGCUCAACGUGUCAAGGCGAUACGAGGUCGCUAUGAAGCAAAUGUCGCGAGGCUUUACUUCACAGACCUCGUGGCACUUCUGCCUGCUCCGGCGACCCCCGACGUUGCGAGUGAAAGUAGCAAGGACAAGUCUGCUGCCGCCGUCGGCGGGCCUGCCUCGGAUGGAAGCGCGAGCUUGGCUGGCGAUAGCGACGACUCGUCCGAACCUGCUUCGAAGCGCCGCGCUUGA